AUGGUCACCAAAGACAACUGCUCACUUCUGGAUAACGCAUCGCAUGUAAGAGGCUGCAUUCAGGAGUCACUGUGUAACAUCAGCUCUGGGCAGAACAUCAGCAUGGAAAUGGAGGCUAUGUGCAUGAGCCAGGAGGAAUACCUGGAGAAGUACCUUGGCCCUCGUCGGUCAUCCGUCUUCCUGCCUGUCUGCAUCACUUACCUGUUCAUCUUCCUGGUGGGAGCUGUGGGUAAUGUUCUCACCUGUACUGUCAUAUCCCGCAACAAAGUCAUGCGAACGCCCACCAAUUACUAUCUGUUCAGCCUGGCCGUGUCCGACCUGCUGGUACUGCUCCUUGGAAUGCCUCUUGAGCUGUACGAAAUGUGGAGCAACUAUCCUUUCCUGCUGGGUGAAGGCGGAUGCUACUUCAAAACUUUCCUCUUUGAGACCGUCUGCUUCGCCUCCAUCCUGAAUGUGACCGCGCUGAGCGUGGAGAGGUACAUCGCCGUCGUACACCCAUUGCGGGCUAAAUACGUGGUGACGCGCACCCACGCCAAGAGGGUCAUCCUGACCGUUUGGGUCACCUCAGUGCUCUGUGCCAUGCCUAACACCAGCCUCCAUGGUAUCAUCACCCUACCCUCGGGCACCGGGGUUGGAGACAUACCUGAAUCGGCAAUCUGCACACUGGUCAAGCCCAGAUGGAUGUACAACCUCAUCAUCCAGAUCACCACGCUGCUGUUCUUUGUGGUGCCAAUCCUGACCAUUAGUAUACUCUACCUGCUUAUCGGGCUUCAGCUGAAGAGGGAGAAGAUGCUUAAGUCCCUGGAGGCUAAGUGCAGCGUGGGGCAGGAUCAAUACUGCAAUGCACGCAGUCAACAGCAGAAAGCUCGACACCGGCAAGUCACCAAAAUGCUCUUUGUGCUGGUGGUUGUGUUUGGAAUAUGCUGGGCUCCUUUCCACACGGAUCGUCUGACAUGGAGCUUCAUCGACCACUGGACUAAAGAGCACCUGGAGAUGUUUCAGUACGUCCACAUCAUCUCCGGAGUCUUCUUCUACCUCAGCUCGGCAGUCAACCCUAUCCUCUACAACCUCAUGUCCACUCGCUUCCGGGAGAUGUUUAAAGAGGCGAUGUGCCACCACAAACGACGGCCCACGCCUCGGAAACACUCCCUGAGCAUGACAAGAGUCACCCUGCGCAGCACGGUCAGUGACAUCCCACCCAGCAAUGGCACGCCUUUGACCGAUGGAGAAGAUUACGAGCUUUAUGAGUGCCAGGAGAACGAGACCCCCUUCGCUUGA